GCCGUCGCUCUUGGAGCAACAAGUUACAGGUUUUCCCGCCUUCAAUCGAAUUUCCACCGGUUUCACUGUGUUGACGGGAAACGCUGCCAACAAGUUUGGUAGCAUCAAUAAAAAGUGUCUUCAACGGUGUCGUACGAGUAAACACGAGUGAUAGAGUACAGUGUGAAGCGCGCGAUGCUGCAGGAUACCAUCGUCAAGGGUGUAUAGUUUAGAUGGAGUAGAUCGAUUGACUGCUCUUUCCGCAUCGUCUGCGAUUGCCGCGGGGUGGUUCGAGUUGGGUGGUGCUUUUUUCUAGCUGGUACAUCAGUUUAUCUUCAAAGCAGCGGCGGGAAAGCUCGAGACUUGAGACGGUGUCAAUGUGCAACAAGUGGGUACCAUAUCUCGAAAAACGAUAUCCUCUGAUAGUGGGACAAGCCGCCUAGCUCGCGUGUGGUACAGUCAGUGGCUGAUAACGGAAGCGAGUUGGAGGAUGGAAGUGUAAUUUGGUCCUGCGUUUAUUUGCUCGUGAUAAAAUGUCAAGCGUUCACGGGUGAUUAAAUGAUAACGAUUAUACGCGAUAGUGCCGCUCGGUCGAUAGAUACGGGAUUGUUUAUGUAGUGGAACUGAACCCUUUUCUGCACUAGUGAGCGUAAGUUUCUUGGAAAAUGGAUUCUACUAAAUUUCUGUGAAAUCGCUGCCCAUCGUAGUAAAAGGAUAUCUAAAACUGCUGUACGCGUCCCGAAGAUAGCAAACAACGGGACGGCACACUCCUAGCUGAUCACAGAAGGGAAUCCACCAAAGUGAUUUAAACUCUUCAACGCAACGAGUAGAGCAAAAACCGCAAAAAUUGCUCUCACAGAAACAAUGCCCGGAACCUGUCACAGGCUCCGCAUCCCCUCGCUCGUCAGCAGCCGACCCACGCGGGUUGCGAACGAGUGCGAACCGAUAACGCCGAAAAAGGAACGCCACCGGGUUGCGAUGAUGGGGGCCGCCCGCGUCGGCAAGUCCUCGAUCAUUUCCCAGUUCCUGUACGAGAAAUACCUUUCGAGAUACAAACAAACCGUCGAGGACAUGCACCGGGGAGAGUACGAGUUGCCAGACGGAUCGUGCCUGACGCUGGACAUCUUAGACACUUCCGGUUCGUACCAAUUUCCGGCAAUGCGAGCCCUGUCCAUCAAUACGAGUGGCGCUUUUAUUUUGGUCUACGCCGUGGAUGACGAGCAGACGUGGCUCGAGGUGGAACGAUUGCGAGGACAGAUUGUGGAAGCACGUGGUUUGCGCGUACCCAUAGUGAUCGUAGGAAACAAAUCCGACGUCCCGGAUGAAGUCCGACAGGUGGCGCUGAAAAUCGCUCAAGCCAAGGCAACCAUUGAGUGGGGCUGUGGCUAUGCCGAGUGUUCGGCCAAAAACAACGAAGGAAUCCUGACCGUUUUCAAGCAGCUGCUUCGUCAGGCCAACAUCGAGUACAACCUUAGUCCGGCCGUGCGCCGCCGAAGGAAGUCCUUGCCGAGCUACACCAACCAGAAUCAGAACCGCUCCCUGUCGGCCCGGUACUACCUAAAGCGACACUCGUGCUCCAUUCAGUGAAUGGCAACGGUCGGUGUUGGCGAUUGAGCUAGUUGAAAAGUAUCCACGCUGAAUCACUGGUGGAUUUGUUUGGGACAUAAAUUUGUACAAUUUAUUCACAUUGUCCAUAUUCAGAUUUUAAAAUAACUUUUGGAUCUAUUCAGUACAGAGAAACUGUUUUUAAACACGUUUUAGAGUCCAUAGAAUAUGAAUAAAAAGGAAUAAAAAAACUUAAUUGAAAUAUUUAUGAACAGUUUAUCUGGAGACUUGAAAACUGAUAAUAUUAUCACAAUGAUUAUUUUCUCUAACACAACUGUUACCAAAGAUUCAAAUACAGUAUUGUUUUGAUAAUCAAAAUAAUCUUCACAACUUUGGAUAAUUUUCAGUCCCAAGAAAUAGCAUUCCUAACAUUUGAUCCAAAUCGAUGAUGCCGAGUACAGCUUUUGAUAUUGUCCUGUCAUUGUAAGAUGGAAUCACGUUUCAUUGAAGCAAAUUGCGUAGGUGGGCGAUUCUAAACAUACUGGGGGCGCAUUGAAAAUGAAACCGAAAAAAAAGUGAAGAAAAAAAAACAUUUACAAACAUAUAUUUUUAGAGAUAGAAUCCAAAAAAGUGGCUAGAUGCGACACUAAUUGAAACUGGGACGACGAAAGAAGAUUGCCUCAAGAGUAGAAAGAUUAAUAAACUUAGGAUAAGAAGGUACAAGUAACGAGUAACGGUUACGACAAUGAGCGCACUUUUUGACACGUACUCUUAUUCAAUAUGUUGUGAAUGUUUAUACAUUUAAUGAGAAUUUAAGAUAAAUUUUAGUCAUAAACAAUGGUGUUUAUCAAAGAGUGUUUAAUAGAUUGUGGUUUGAUAUGAUCCAAGAUAAACUCAGCUGAGCUGUUAGUAUUUGAAUGGAAGGAAGCCUAUGAAUGUACCUAUUUUGUUAUAUUCCUGAUUUACAUCGAAUGGAAUUUUGUAGGAAAAAAUAUUAAAGACUAGACAGGCAGUAUCCUAGAUGAUAUACGUAUUAUGACAGUAGUGCAACCAUAUUGGAAAUAACGAAAUGAAAAUACGCCAGAAUUUUUACGAUGCUUAUACACCCAUAAAUACAACAUGAAACCAAAGCUUACAAUAAAAUGUUA